GAGCAGUCCUGCAAUAGGGCUGCUACUGCUGCCGCUGCAGUAGACGACCAGCUCACACCUGUCUGAAGACUUGGAGAGAGGUCCCCGGAGGCUCACAGAGUAUACCUCCAGAUUCUUUGGAUUUUUUUUUUUUUUUGAGAAGAGUCAUCCUUAUUUUCUCUCAAAAUGACAAACAAUUCUACCUUCUGUCCAGUUUACAGAAAUUUGCAGCCAUUCACAUAUUUUUUUUAUUUAGUUUUCCUUAUUGGAAUAAUUGGAAGUUGUUUUGCAGCCUGGGCUUUCCUACAGAAAAACGCGAAUCCCAGGUGUGUAAGCAUAUACUUAGUUAAUUUGCUGACGGCCGAUUUCCUGCUCAGUCUGGCAUUACCGGUGAAAAUCGUGGUCGACCUGGGUGUGGCCCCCUGGAAGCUGAGGAUAUUCCACUGCCAAGUAACAGCCUGCCUCAUCUACAUUAACAUGUACUUGUCCAUCAUCUUCUUAGCGUUCGUCAGCAUUGAUCGCUGUCUCCAGCUGACGUACAGCUACAAGAUUUAUCGAAUCCAAGAACCUGGAUUUGCCAAAAUGAUAUCCGCCGUCGUGUGGGUCAUGGUCCUUCUCAUAAUGGUGCCAAACAUGGUGAUUCCAAUCAAAGACGUCCAGGUGAAGCCAAAUGUGGGGUGCAUGGAAUUCAAAAGGGAGUUUGGAAGAAACUGGCAUUUGCUGACGAACUUCAUAUGUUUGGCUAUAUUUUUAAAUUUCACAGUCAUCAUUUUAAUAUCUAACUGCCUGGUAAUUCGACAACUCUACAGAAACAAGUAUAGUGAAAAUUAUCCGAAUGUGAAAAGAGCUCUCAUCAACAUACUCUUAGUGACCACAGCCUACAUCGUGUGUUUUGUUCCUUAUCACAUUGUCCGAAUCCCCUACACCCUCAGCCAGACCGAGGUCAUAUCUGACUGCGCGACCAGGAUUUCACUCUUCAAAGCCAAGGAGGCCACGCUGCUCCUGGCUGUGUCGAGCCUGUGCUUCGAUCCCAUCCUGUACUACCACCUCUCAAAAGCAUUCCGCUUAAAGGUCAGUGAGACUUUCGCUUCGCAUAAGGAGAACACGGCUCAGAAAGAAAAGCCAAGGCGUGAAAACGCAUGAAAUGUGGGAUUUUUCAUGCUGUCACUUCUUGCUUUACUGGACAAGUACAGAACUACUGGGAAAGAGAACAAAACAGGCUCAGAAUGCAAAAAUACAGACAGCUGGCAAAUAUGGCCUGGUUUACUGUGAAACCCUGUUUUUAAAUGCAGGCCAAUCAGUACAGUUAAGGUUGUUGUUGCUCCUUAACCCAAAAAUGUGUACAAAGGAACUAAAAAGUCUUGUUGAACCAAUGUAAAAUCCUGCAAUAUCCUUGAAACUCAAAUGACUUCUACUAUGUAGACACAGAGGUAUGCACGAGGUGUUUAUUUAAAUGCCUGGAACUGACUUCUUGAUAAAAAUAUGCAAAAUACAGGUGACCCCUGAACAACACUGGUUUGAACUGCAUGGGUCCACUUAUAAGGAAAUAUUUUUCAAUAAAU